AUGGUCCGCAUCGACUAUGCUCCGUGGGGCCUUAACCCUCCUCACAUACACCCUCGUGCCACUGAAAUCUUCACCGUCCGUGAAGGCACCCUCGAGGACUCAUUCAUUAUGAAAGGAAGUGCUAUCGCGAUUGAUGGGUUAAGCAGCCAGAAUCCUGGUGUUAUGAUGGUGGCCAACGCUGUUUUCCGAUCAAAACCAAUGAUUUAUGGCGAUGUUCUUGCCAAGACAUUUCAAGUUAAUAUGACGGUGGUUGAUGCAAUUCAGGGAGGGAUGUAG